AGCAAAACAGGUUUAUUUACUCAAACUGAUUUCGUAAAAAUGAUAAGUCAUCUACAUAUUAGAAAUUGAAUGGAAAUUAAGGAAAUAGAAAGGAGAGAGAUCAGGUUUCUUUCGUAAAAUCAAACGAAAGUUAGAAACUCUCAGGAGAGAGAACAUCGAAGAAAAAGAAUCAAGAAAAGAAACUAGAAACAGUUAUGCGGUAUAUGCACUUACUGACGUUACUGAUUACUACUUGAGUCGAAAGUCGUGGACAAUCGUGGCAUGUAUGAACGGACUGUGGCUCGCUGUGUAGUGAAUUAACCAUGUUAAGACGCAUAUUUGGCAUCGUAGAAAUCAAUUGAAAAUAAUAAAAAAUGGUGUCACUAAUAAAGAAGCAGUUGUUGAAACAUUUAUCAAGGUUUACCAAGAACUUAUCAGCAGAUAAAAUAAAUUUAAGCACGUUCAAAGGAGAAGGUGAACUGACAAAUUUGGAACUUGACGAAACGGUAUUGACUGAUUUGUUAGAGUUACCUUCGUGGCUUAGAUUAACAAAUGCUUGGUGCAAUAAAGUUUCAUUUCGUAUUCAAUGGACCAAGUUAAGAAGUGUUCCUAUUUUCCUGAGUUUGGAUGAAGUUCAUAUAGAAGUAGAAACAUGCGAAGAUUUAAGAGAUUUAUCAUCUUCUCAAGGGCUAUCUUCCUAUACUGGUCCUGCAAAAUAUUCUUUUAUACAUAAAGUAAUUGAUGGCAUCACAGUAACUGUUAAUACUGUAUCAGUUACAUUCAAAAGUCCUGCAUUCAUUGCUUCAGUUCAAAUGAAUCGCAUUAUUGUGGAAUCCAAAUCUGCAACAUGGCAACGGUGUGAUCUGAGAACUACUAGAGUAAAAGAUCCUGAUCGUGGACAGUUACUUAUUUUUAAAGAAUUGGAAUGGCAAACAGUUAGAAUAGAGGCACAAAGUACUAAAGAUAAAAACCUCACGCCAUUACGUUUACUUACAAAUCAAGCUAGAUGUCGGAUUACUAUUAAGAAAAGAAUAUCAGAUUGUUUUGUUAUGGGAUCAAGACUGAUUCUUAUAUUAGAUGAUCUCUUAUGGGUUUUAACAGAUUCACAAUUGAAGGCAGCACUUCAUUUUAUUGACUCUUUAGGUGGUCUAAUAGAAAAAGCUACAAUAUUAGAACGUAAAACCAAAGCAGCUAGAAAACUUGAGGUAUUGCCAGAAUAUCAAGCACAAAUAUCUCAGCAAUCAAGGACAAAAAAUCAGUGUAAUACUGCUAUCUCUAAAAUCUUUACCAGAUAUGAUGUUGUAGAAACUUCAUAUCAUUUCCUUUGUCAAAGAAUUGAUUUACACUUAUGUGAUGAUGCUGGUAAUGGUAGAUCCUCCCAUCCUGACUUAAAGGAUGGUGGUGCAUUGCAAAUUUCACUAGUUAGAUUUCAAGUUGAUUAUUAUCCAUAUCACUUAGCAAUGGCUGAUAGAAAACAUUGGGCUAAGUAUAAAGAAAAUGCUACACCUCAUAGUCAAUGGCUACAGCAGUCGUUAAGUUCUUUUCGAAGUCAGUUUAUGGAUCUUAUAGAUUCUGGCAGAACACAGCAUUCUCCUUUAACCAGAAGUCAAGGAAAUGUUACGGUUAAUAAUACAAAAGGUUUGGGAGAUAAUUUGGAAAAGAGUAAUCAGUUACAAAAUGUAAAUACAGCUGCUGAUGAGAAAAAAAAAUCUCAACAUCCUAGUGGAAAUCCAGUAAAAAAUUAUAUUUUGGAACAACUUGCUAAAUUAAUGACGACGUGCAUUAUUAUAAGGAUCGAUGAUUUUACGUUGUACAAAGUAACCACAACGUCUCGUAAUCCUGUACCUAAAGAAUUUGUUACGGCUCAAACAAGGAAGAAACAUGCAUCAGGUGACAGAGACAAGUUUUGUCUUCCAGAAGAUGUUACAAUUGUUCAUGCUGAAUUUACAUAUUAUUACUAUCCUGGAGAUAUUACAUUUCCAUUGCCACCUCCAAAAUUUUAUGUACAACUGAAUCCUAUCCAAGUAAAUUUUGACGUCUGUUCCUGUUUAUGGUUUAAUUCUUUUGCAUUAAAUUUAUAUAAUUCUUUAAUGAAUAAGGAUAAACAACCAAUGUAUACUUCCACUAAUUUAAUGUAUUUUGAUGUGAAGAUUGAAGCUAUACUUCCAAGGAUAGUUUUUGAAAGUCAACAAGAUUAUCCUAAUCAGAAAGAUAGGCCAAAGUCUCUGCAUAUACAGACGUCGAGAGCGUCAAUAACAAAUGUUCGAUCCACAGAAAGAUCUUCAAGAGCAGAUUUAGCACAAUGUGUAAAUGCUUUUCAAAUGGGUCAAAUGUUUUUUACUACAGAUUUUCCAAACAGAUUGAAUGAUUUUCAUGUUCUUACAGAUAAAUUUUUGGCACAUUGUGCAGGCACUGAUAAUAUUCGUCAUCCACCACCUAAUUUUAGUAGUAACUCUGUAAACGAAUUAGUUCGUCAAUUACAUCGGGAGCUUUUGUGGACCGAAACUAAAGACAUAUGGUGUUGUAAUUUGGAACCCGUUUGGGGAGAUUUUCUCGGUGCUCGCGCGGUCGGACAAAAUCGUCCUGUACCGUUCCUUGAUGCAUUUCCUUUGACUUUAUGGUGUUACAUAUCUAUGAAAUCGUCAGAGAAAGAUUCGUCAGAAAAUAAAUCUACCGCUGACAUUCAUGGUCUUGCGUACAUAAGCAAUUUAGUUAGCGUUCAGAUAAAUCAUUAUCAAUAUUUGUUCUUGUUAAGAUUAUCGGAAGUUCUAUCAGAAAUGGCAACAUAUCUAAAUAUCGACUCUAAUAAAAUUUUGAAGAUCGAUUGCGGUAGUUCACUUGUUAUUGGUGCAUUGAUACCGCAAGUAGAAGUAACAUUCGUCAUGCCGUCGCAUACUCCUGGUAAAGAAAAUUCUGGAGGAGAUUUGGAAUCUGUUAUGCCAGAUUCGUCUAGCAUAGCAGAUGACAUUCCAGGUUCAUCUAUUCCAUGGCAAAGUACAGAACGAGUUGAGAGCAGCGGUAAAAAGAUUAAUAUAAAUAAUGAAACGAUAACGCCACAGAGUGAUAUAUCGUCAAUGUUAUCAAUGGAUUUUAUGCAUUCUAAUACACCUCAAACUGUCGUGACAUUUAAACAAAAUGGUACGAAUAAACAUGAAAAUAAUGCGCAAAUAAGAAAUGUAACAUAUGAUAAACAGUGCAUUGGUGUAGAAGAGGAGAAAGCAUUGCCUACUUUACGAUAUGCUGCUGAUAUUACACAUAAACACAGCAAGGGAGAUUCAUCUUCAAAUACACCGUUCAUUUCCAAUAAUUUCAAUGUUGGUCUUUUUUCUAUGAAAAAAGGAUUAAGUAAUUUGAUGACAUCUAUUGAUUCAGCUUUGAAAGCAUCUCCAGAAGAUGGUAGUAGUGAUACUAUGUCUAUAAGAAGCGAUGUUAGUUCUGAUAGUGAAAACUAUGUUUUAAUUAAUCUUCAAGAUCAAGAAAAAUUAGAUGCAAUGUUUUCUGUUGAUAAUUCAAUUAGAAUAACAGCAGUAGAAGAAGCUAGCGAAGUAGUGGAAGAAACUCCUGAUACUCAGAGUGAAAAAUCUAUGGAUAGUGUGUGUAAACGAAAAGAUAUUGUAUCUAUGGCAACAUUCAAGUUAUCUAAAGUUGAAUUUAUUCAACAAUCCCUAGGAUAUGCAUCUUCUAUUAAAGUUCAAAUUUCAAAUAUUGGUAACGACGAAUGUUCAUCUAUUCCAUGGGAUGAAUUUCAGGUCAAGAGAAAGACAAAAUUCAGUGCACGAUCUCGAGGUUGGGUCGAAUUACCUUCAGAUUCUAACUGUAGAUCAUGUAUUAAACUACGUUUGGAUCAUGAUUUGAAAUGCAAGUCAGAUUCUUGGAAAUUGUCUCAAGCAAGUCAAACUAUGAGUAAUAAGCAUUUAUCUCGAAAUCAAAAUCAAAAUCAAAAUCAAGAUAAUGCAACUGAGGAAGAGAUAGAUGUUUCUAGUGUUGAUGUACAUAACAGACAAAGUGUUUUGGAUUUAUUUGAAGACAAGUUAGAAGUUAAAGUUACUAAUAUAUCAAUGUCCUUGUCUAUGAGUUCAAUAAGUGGACUUACUGAUUUAACUGAAGAUGAAAUUAUACCUAGGCCAAUACCAUUGCAAAUAUAUUUGGAGAGUAUAUCCUUGCGUUUAAACGAAGAUCGUCCUCCGAAUAAUAUAACUUCGCCAGGACCAAUUCCUAUAGAUCUAAAUAUUGCAAAGCUUAAGAUAGUACGAGAUGUAAAUGGAGUUUUUCAUAUCGAACCAGUUGUAAACUUGAGCAGGAGUAAUUCCCUUGAAACACUCACAAACAAUGAUACACAAAUAGCCCAAAAUAUAAAUCACGAAAUGGAAUUAAGUAUUUUGAGACAGUCUAGCAAACAGUUAAAAUCAGAUAAUGAACAGCUUCGGCGUCGCCUUAAUGCUUUGGAGAAAUUAUCAGAAGAAAAUGCGAAAUUAAUACGUAUAAAAGAAGAGUCUAAUGUAAUAAAAUCUCAUUUAAGUGCAGCACAAGAAGACAUACAAUUACUUCUGAAAGAGAAGAGAGCUUUGCAAGAAACAGUAACGGAGCUCCAAAAUCGAAUAAUUGGAAAUAAUCCAGGCAGUGGUACUCGUGCAUCUUGGUCAUCAAAGAGAUAGCAUACCAGUUGUUUUGAUUGUUCUAAAUGUUGCAAUUCGAAUAAGUUAUAAUAAUUUAUUAACUGUCAAGUAAAAUGAAAAUGGAACUUGACACAGUUGAUUUAAUAUGUUUUCAUAGCAUCUCUAUUAAACUUGAAGGAAGAUCAUCAUGUUAGAAUGCUUGGAUUUUCAUUAUUGUACGAAUCUAGUAUAUUAAACUGAUUUUUAAAUUUUAUAAAAGGAAGAUGAAUAAUAUAUUUAUAUGUUACAAGCAACAAUUUUCUGAGUUCACUUCCAUGUUUUCUAUAUUAUCUUGUCUACAAUAUUUAUGCUAGUAACUGCCGUUCAGCUAUUUAAUAGUGCAAUCAUUAAAAAAAAAAAAAUUCAGUUCUAUAAGACAUGACUUAUGUGAAAAACACUGUUUUUUUUUUUUUUUUUUUUUUUUUUUUUUACUACAAGCAAGUACAAGGCGAUAAAUAAUGGCAAUAGUAGUCAGUAUUUAGCAUUUUCAUUAAUAAACAAAUAAACAAAGGAUUGAUGAAAUGACUAUUCUAGCUACAUUCGUAUUUAUUAUAUGCGAUAGCGUAUGUAUGCGACAUAUAUUAAAAAGUGAUGUAUAUAUGAGAUGUUAAUAUUUGCACGCGCGCACACACACACACACACACACACACACGCGCGCGCGCGCGCAUAAUAUAAUUAUAUGAUAUAUAUACAUAUAUCUCACAUAUAUAACAUAUAUAUAUUAUUUGUUGCAUAUAUAAAUACGUAUACAUAAAUUAUAGUAUGCUAGUCAAAUUAUUGCAAUAUAUAUUUGGUUUUAUAGCAGUGGUUGUUACCUAGUAUGAUAACAAAGAGUUGAAUAUAAAUUUUUUACCAAUGCUUUUCGUUCUCCUCAUCGUAAAUGUUCGACGAAUUUCAUAAGCAACUUUUAACUGAAUGGAAGAAUAUAAUGUAAUAAAUGUGAGAUAUUAA